AUCUAGUUUUGAAACUAAUAAUUUAAUUGAAACUGGUGAAGAGAUUCAUUCCUUUGUAAAUACUUUUGAAAACCAUGUUGCUGAAGUUUCAUUGCCUUGUGAAACUACUAUUAAUAAUGCAUACAAUGAGGCUUGGAAUGAAAUAAUUCAAA